AUAAGGAUGCGCCUCUUUAUGAUGCUCUCAAGAAAGAUAUAGAAAAAAUAGAUAUUUCUGAGCACAACUGGCGAAAUCCGCUAUCAAGUAUGGUUAUUUAUAUUAGUGAAGAUGAUUCGAAAUGA